ACAGAGAUCUGAAGCCUCCUCCUCUGACGACAGGUAGCGGCAGGUGGGGCAGGAGGAGGGGGGUGUCCCUGGCCCCCACAGGACCCUGGGGAGGAAGCUGGCUCUCACAGGGGCACAUUAAGCCCUGGCUUGUACCCACCCCACACCCUCCCUUCCUGUGCCUCAUCUCCGGCAGCCCUAAUUGAGGAGGGGCGGGCCCUUCACAGGCCUGGGAGGAGCCACCACUCUGUAGUGGGGACUCCCUGCGAGCUCUCACCCCUUCCUCGCCCUGGCCCAAGAGGGACAGCAGGAGCCUGGCUGGGGAAAGGAGUCAAGCUGUGCCACGAGAAAGCUGCGUGAUCUUCAGUCAGCCCCGCCUAUCUCUGGCCUCAGUUUCCCCACUUAUGAAAUGGAGCUGAGCUAACUGAUCUGCCACAGCCCUGCCACCUAGUAAGGCGCUCAAGACACCUGCCCGAGCUCCACCAUGCUUAUGGCAUCCAGCAGCACGUCUGCCGUGCCCCGGCCCCUCUCCCGACCUGUUCCACCUGGCAACGGCAGCAAGGAGGAGCUGUCGGACACCCGGGACCCACUGCUGGCCCAGGCGGAAUUGGCCCUGCUCUCCACCGUCUUUGUGGCCGUGGCCCUGAGCAACGGCUUGGUGCUGAGCGCCCUAGUGCGCCGGGGCCGGCGGGGUCGCUGGGCGCCCAUGCACGUCUUCAUUGGCCACUUGUGCCUGGCCGACCUGGCCGUGGCUCUGUUCCAAGUACUGCCCCAGCUGGCAUGGGAUGCCACCGACCGCUUCCGUGGGCCCGACGCCCUGUGCCGGGCGGUCAAGUACCUGCAGAUGGUGGGCAUGUACGCCUCCUCCUACAUGAUCCUGGCCAUGACGCUGGAUCGCCACCGCGCCAUCUGCCGCCCCAUGCUGGCAUACCGCCACGGAGGCGGAGCCCGCUGGAACCGGCCGGUGCUGGUGGCCUGGGCCUUCUCGCUCAUUCUCAGCCUGCCCCAGCUCUUCAUCUUCGCCCAGCGGGACGUGGGAGACAGCACUGGGGUCCUCGACUGCUGGGCCCGCUUUGCGGAGCCCUGGGGCCUCCGAGCCUAUGUCACCUGGAUCGCCGUAAUGGUGUUUGUGGCACCUGCCCUGGGCAUCGCUGCCUGCCAGGUGCUCAUCUUCCGGGAGAUUCACGCCAGCCUGGUGCCGGGGCCGGCAGAGAGGGCCGGGGGCUGCCGUGGGGGGCGCCGGACAGGCAGUCCCAGUGAGGGGGCCCGGGUGUCAGCAGCCAUGGCCAAGACCGUGAGGAUGACGCUGGUGAUCGUGAUCGUGUACGUGCUGUGCUGGGCGCCCUUCUUCCUCGUGCAGCUGUGGUCGGCGUGGGACCCCGAGGCGCCCCGGGAAGGGCCCCCCUUCGUGCUGCUGAUGUUGCUGGCCAGCCUCAACAGCUGUACCAACCCCUGGAUCUAUGCCGCCUUCAGCAGCAGCGUCUCCUCUGAGCUGCGCAGCCUGCUCUGCUGGGCCCGGAAACGGGCCCCCCCCAGCCCGGGGCCCCCCGAGGAGUCCUGCGCCACCGGCAGCUCCUUCCUGGCCAAGGACACUUCCUCCUGACAAGCCGGGCGGCGCCUUCCUCCUAGAGGCUCUGCGACGCUCAGCCGCCUACCUGGAGCUGGCCCCGGGAGCCCCUGGGCAAAGGGGUCCCUCUGGGACUUGGCUGUGGGACUAAGAGCCAGAGGUCAGCUCCUUGGCGCUGGGUGUGGGGACAGGCUCCGGCGGCGGCGGCAGCGCGGUGGCACAGGGCUCCCACCCCAGCCGGUGCCUUCCCGGAGACGGAGGUCCCAAGGAGCCCAGGAGGAAGGAAAGGGGGCAGGGCCUCGCUCGCCCCCCUGGCCCUCCCCUCUCGCUCUCCUGAAUAAAAGUUCCAGCUCAUUUUCCA